AUUUUGAAUCUAUUCAGGCUGCCACAACAGCACAACUAAAGUCACAAGUCAUGUGUAUAUCUCUGUAUUUUAAUAUAAAUAGUAUUAAGUAAAUAUGUGAUGAAUUUUCAUAUGUAAACAACUAACAAAACAAAAUUUUAUACUUUGAUCUAAUUCAAAAUCCAAAAUUUAUACAGGUUUUUGUUACACAACAAAACUUAAGGGACACUAAAUUUUUUUUUGCCUGUAUAAUAUAGGAUCUAGCAACUUCAGUAUUAUUUAAAAGAGAUUGAAAAAAAUUGAGAAAAAUUUAUGGAACUUGAUUAGGAACCUGAAUUACAGUUAUACUUAGAUAUCUCACCAAAUUUAAAUACUAUGCCUUCUAUAGUCUUAAAAUAGUAACUAAUAGAGCCAGGUGUGGUGGUAUACACCUGUAAUCCCAGCACUCAGGAGGCUGAGGCAGGAGGAUUGCCUCGAGUUCGAGGCCAGCCUGGGCUACAUAGUGAGUUCAGAGCCAGCCUGAACCACAAAGGGAGAUCCUGCCUCAAAAAACCAUACUAAUAAAAUGGGUGAAAUUAAAUAUGCCCCAUAUUUAAUGUAUAGAUUUAUAACUUUCUCAUUGUCAUUAUACCCAUAGCCUGAAAAUAUUCCUUACUGAAUGUAGAUAUUGUGAUACAAUAAAUGGUAAAUUAACAUUACAUUACAUUAAAUUUUUGGUAUUUAUAAUGGACACAUGAAACAACAUGGACUCUCAUUAAAAUGUAAAUAAGGGUCAAUGCAAAUGAAAAUAGGACCUUCAGGGAUUAAAAUUGAACUUCUCAAAGAUAACAAAUAAAGGGUGAUUAUCCUCACUCCUUUUUCCAUUGUUGCCUACUGUUAAAUUUAAAAAUAAUGUAGGGAGAUUUGAUGGAUAGAUCAGAUAGAGUCUGACAUAGAGUCUUCUAGUGGAUUACUAUAAUAUUAAAGCUGUAGUUCUGACAGUGAAGACCCCCAUGCCCAAUAUUUAGUAUUAUGAAAAUUUGUGAUUCUGUUCAGUCAACAACUGGUAAAUAUUUUGCUCUUAUAUAUUGACUAACAUGUUCCUUUCUGUGCCUUUUUCAACAGCCUCUCAGCUGCUGUGUGCCUCCACCUCAGCAGAUACACUGCAGUUUUUCAAGGCUGCCUGUGGGGUGCCUCAGCAAGUUUUCAUCACACAGUCUGUCCAACUUUGUCCAGAACUACAGGGUUGAAGGUGUAGCCUUGCUAUGGAUCUUCAAAUGUUCAAUGGAGAAAACCCCUACAAAUUGGAGGAAUAUGAAAAGGGCUUUCAGUAUUUUCCAUGCCUUACUAAUCCCAUGGAAACCCACACUGAAGCAACACUGUGUGAAUGUGAGGAAUGUUGGAGAGCAUUUGCCUUUUCCUCACACCUAAGUCAAUAUGUAACAAUUUCUUCUGGAGAGAAAUCCCAAAAAUGUAAGGAAUGUGGGAAGUGCUUUGCUACUUUUACUCAACUUUCUGCACAUAUGGAAGUUCAUACUGGAGAAAAGCCCUUCCAGUGUAAAGAGUGUGGAAAGUGCUUUACAAAUAACACAUACCUUAACGAUCACAGGAAAAUUCACACUGGAAUAAAAUCAUACAAAUGUGUGGAAUGUGGGAAAGCCUUCUUGAGGUGGUCAGGCCUGACUGAACACUUACGAGGAGUUCACAGUGGAGAGAAGCCCUUUGUGUGUAAGGAAUGUGGGAAAGCCUUCUCGAGGUCCACUCAGCUUAAUGAACAUAUCAGGACACACACUGGAGUCAAACCCUACGAAUGUAAGGACUGUGGGAAAGCCUUCACUCAGUACUCAGGCCUUGCUACCCACGUGCGCAUUCACAGUGGAGAGAAGCCCUUUCAGUGUAACCAGUGUGGGAAAGCCUUCACUAGGACCUCAGGCCUCAUUCACCAUGUAAGAACACACACAGGUGAGAAGCCUUUUGAAUGUGUCCAUUGUGGGAAAACCUUUAUUACUGCCUCCCACCGUACUAAACAUAUGAAAAUUCACAGUGGAGAAAAGCCCUUUGUGUGCAAUAUUUGUGGGAAGGCGUUUGUAUAUUCCACAUCCCUUAACAUUCACAUGCGAACGCAUACUGGAGAGAAACCUUACAUCUGUAAGGAAUGUGGGAAAGCGUUUGCUGUUUCCUCACGCUUAAGCAAACAUGCAAGUGUUCACCAUGGGGAGAAGGCCUAUAAAUGUGAGGGUAUCAGUGUUACUAUUUAGUCCCCUUUACCCACCCCUAAAUAAUGACAGUGACACCAAAGAUCAUCAGUUAGUCUUAACUGGUUUGUGUGAGUUUUAAUGGCUCUCACUGGCUUAGGUGCCACCUGACCUAAGUUCCCUUCUGUAACUUUUUUUUUCUUUUUGUAGUGCUGGGGAUGAACCCCAGGGCCUCACACAUACUAGGCAAGCACUGUACUACUGAGCUACAUUGCGGCCCCCCUUGAACUGCUUCACACAUAGCUGAGUCUGAGCACUUUUAGGGGUCAUAGAUGAGGUCACUAUUGCCGGUCGACCUCAACUGGUGCUUGGACCCCUAGUGAAGGUAGCAUUAACACAUGUUACGCAUGGGUGUUCAACCUUUUGGCUUGCUUGGCCUCACUGAUUGCGGCACAUAUAAAUAUAUAAUAUGGUCAGUGUACAUAUUUAACAAAAUUUCAUUUAAAAGAUUUUUAUGAUAAUAUUAAAUAACACAAGCAACCUGUAGGCCAUAGGGUGGACCUGCCUGAGUGACAUAACUGAUUUGGUCCUCCCCCCUUGUUGGUUAGUGGCUGCCAGUCUGGCUGGCUAUUCAUGUGAAAAUUCUCCAAAAGCCCAGUUGGUACAGGAGGAGGUGGACUGUUUAAAGGCACUCCUCCAGGUGUGUCUUGACCCCACUGAUCAUGCUGAGCAUGCCAAGAAGAAAACGGUCCCUGUCUGUUCUUAAUGACUAGUCUAUAUUUCUAGCCGAUUAUCCCUGUUUCCUUAUAACAUCUAAGAAGUCCACCUUGUUUUGCCCUCUAGGUCUGUUUUAGAUCUAAAGGGAAAUUCUUGUGCUAGUAUAAUUUAGUCUGUUCCUCUUCUUUUUUUUUGGUACCAGGGAUCAAGCUCUGGACCUUGGGCUUGGGAAGAAGGUGUGGUGCCACUGAGCUAAAUCCCCGGCCUCAGUUUCUCUUUUGAGAUUGCUGAUAUCCCAGCCCUGGAUCCUAUCCUUGAUCUGUUUAUCAAAUGGUUUUUCAGCCACUCUUAGUAUUCUUUUCAGUUCAGCCUUUGUUUUUGGAAUAUGAGCAGUGUGAUUUUUUCCAAAUUUACAAGUUCUGGUUCCUUUUAGUUUAAUAGUUCUUUGUUAGAUUCUGGUCUCUGUUUUCACAUUUAACUACAUGUAGUCAAGUGGAGCUGAGCUGGUCCUUUAACACUUUAAUUACAAACCUCAUAAAUUUUUUUUCUACCUGUCACAAAUUGCUUUAAUACAGCUGUAUUCUGGCAAGGUCUUUGCUUGAGAUUGUUUUUUUCUGCUCCCACCCUCUUUCCCUCCCUCUCUCCCUCUCAUCCAUCCUUUCAUUUUGAUGCUAGGGAUUGAACCUAUUCUAGUAAGUGCUCUACACUGAGCUACAUCACUAGUCUUUUUUUUUUUUUUAAACAUUUUGUGGUACUCUGGAUUGAACCCAUUGCCUUCACACUGAGCUAGCUACAGUCCCACACUUUUAUUUUUAGUCUAAAACAGACUAUCACUAAAUUGCCUUGUCUGGGCUUGUUCUCUAGCCAGUCUCCCACAGUGCUGGGAUUACAGGUUUGCAUAGCAGGCCCAGCUUUUGUUUUAAUUUUGAAAAAGAAUCUUGGUGGGCUGGGGAUUUAGCUCAGUGCUUUCACCACCUGCUGCACAAGUGCAAGGACCCGAGUUCGAUCCCUGGUACCAAAAAAACCAAAACAAACAAAAAAACUUGGUAAAUUGCCCAGGCCAGCCUUGCACUUAUAGUCCUGGUGCCUCAGUCUGUUGAGUAGCUGGAUUAUAGGGUUGUGCUAACUCACCUUUUCUGUGUUCCUCAUUCUCAAAUGACCAAUCACCUGUACACCACUUAAUAUCCUGAUUUCUAGAGUGCACUUGAAAGCAUUUCCAGCCAUUGUCUAUUAUUCAGAUCUGUUUUCACAUUUUUAGGAUUUCUUUUUACCGCAACACAACUUCUCAACACCAAAAUCUAUCAAGCAUUGCUUAGGCUGCCAUAACAAAAUUCCACAUACCAAAUGGCUUAAAAUUUUAUUUUGAAUUAAUAUAAAAAAUUGAAAUACACAGAAAUUCAUUUUCUCUCAUUUCUGGAGUUCGAAUGUGUAAUAUCAGAAGUACGAACAUAGUUGAGUUUUGGUGAGGGCUGUCUUCUUGCCAUGGAACUGCCUGCCUCCUUAUUGUGUCUUCACAUGAUGGAGACUGAAAAUGAGGUUCCUUUCCCUUCCUUUUUUUGUGAUCCUCAGCUUUCCAGACUGCUGGGAUUACCAGGCAUGUACCGCCACUCCCAGGUGGACCAUCUUUAAUAUUUAACUUUAUUAUGUUUGCUAGUAUGUUAUAAAAGACUUUUGUAGAUAAAGUUAAGUAGCAUUGGCAUGUAGUUUUUCUUACAUAAGAAAAAUAGGGACUAAAGGUGUAGUUCAUUGAUAGCACACUUGCCUAAACGUGCAUGAGAUCCUGGGUUCAAGCUUCAGUACAAUGAAAAAAAUUUUUAAAAAGAUAAAGUAGAAAAAAAAUGCAUCAAGGCUGUGUAGAGUGCAUGUGUGCAGGGCCCUGAGUUCUAUCCCGAGCACCAUGAAAACAAUUUUUAAAAAUGGCCAUUAUGGUAUUCAGAUAUAUGUAGACUAUGCUAAUAUGAUAUACUGCAGUGGGGUGUAUUCCUGUUGUACCUAAUUUCAUAACUAUCAGGUUAAAUUAUCUGGAUUUAGAGUGUUUACUGGCAUAGGUAUCCUUUUUCUAUAAUUUUAAGCAAUUUGCUCAAUUUCUUCUAUGGUUAUAGAACAACUAUGGCUUGCAGCAUCUUAAAGUGUUUUGAUUAUAUUUUUCUAGGUAUGUUUUUAUUUUCACAUGUGCAGCAAAGUUUAUAUAUAUUUUUUGUUAUAUUUUUAACAUUUCCUGGUUGUAUUAUUUACUUUGGGCAUCUUUUGCAUUCUGGAAUGAUUCCUUUUUUUUUUUUUUGGUACCGGGGAUCGAACUCAGGUCCUUGCACUUGCGCAGCAGGUGGCGAAACCACUGAGCUAAAUCCCCGACCCUUGGAAUGAUUACUUUUUGCAUUCUUUUUCUUGUGUUAGUCUCAGCAGUAUUCAGAUUUGUGAUCUUCCUUCCCCUUUUUUGCCAUACUAGGGACUGAACCAGAUGCUUCUAUUAGCCAAGUGUUCUACCACUGAGAUGUAUUUUAGCCAGGUUUGUGGUUUGUCUUGAAAAGUCUAACCUUUCUGCUGGGGAAUAGCGCUAGUAGAGCGUUUGCCUAUCAUGCACAAGGCUCUGCGUUCAAUCCCCAGUACUGAAAAAAAAAUUAAAUUUCUAAUAUGCUUUCUAUUCCUUUAAUUAUGUUAGAUAUUUAUCUGGCCAUAUUCACUUGGUUUUUUCUUCUUCUUUUUGGUUUUUGGUGCUGGGGAUCAAACCUAGGGCUUGCUCAUGCUAAGCAUGUGCUCUUUAUUACUGAGCUACACCCCUAAGCCCAGAUGUGUCUUUUUAUGUAUACUCGAGCAGGAAAUGAAAAAAAUCUGAAUACUUGAAAACUUCUGAGUAACAAUCCUUUUCUUUUACAUUUAGUCCAUAAUGUGUAAUGUAAUUAGUAAUAAAUUUGGAUGCACCUCUGAAA